AGAGACGCUGACUAUACCAACAUGAACAAGGUUCUGGUUGCUGGCGUCACCCUCGUAGUAGCUGUACAGUUCAUGAUGACAACUGGAUUCCCCACUUCAUGGGCGGCCCCUCCAGAACCUGAAGAUGACGGUCACCAUGGCCACCAACACAAUGAUGAAUACGAUCACCAUCAUGAUGAUCACGAUGGCCACCAACACAAUGAUGACUAUGACCACCAUCAUGACGAUCACCAUGGCCACCAACACAAUGAUGAAUUCGAUCACCAUCAUGACGAUCACCACGAUCACCACCCUGAUGAUCACCACGACCACCAUCAUGAUGAUACCAACGAUCGUAACAUUCACCAUCGUAAUGACCACCACGAUCGUGACGAUUACUUCCACCGUGGCUUCCCUCCUGUAGGUUACAUAUGAUGAUCAGUUGUAAGAAACGUCUUCAUUAACAGAGAAAGAAAAUAUUAUGUGCAACGACCUGCUUCAUGUUUAAUGUAUAUCUUCAGAUGACUUAACAUGUGACACUUGUGUGCAACAGAUGAGAGUAUCUGACUUUACUGUUGCUGUGGUAUUAACAUGAAACCUACGUCAUGUCCACGGACACUUGAAAUAAAUUUUUUCUAUUAUGCUGCA